AUGAACGUGAAGGGCGGCGGCCGGAUUCCGGUGCCCCCGCCGGGGGCCAGCGCGCUGGUCAAGGUGGCCGUGCUCGGCGGCGGCGCCGUGUACGCCGCCAUGAGCAGCCUCUACAACGUCGAGGGUGGACACCGCGCCAUCGUCUUCAACCGCAUCCAGGGCAUCAAGGACAAGGUAUACCCUGAAGGGACUCACUUUAUGAUUCCAUGGUUUGAACGGCCAAUCAUUUAUGAUGUCCGUGCUCGACCGAAUCUUGUUGAGAGUACGUCUGGGAGCCGGGAUCUUCAGAUGGUGAAAAUUGGUAUCCGUGUCCUCACAAGGCCUAUGCCAGAGAGGCUACCACAUAUCUACAGAACUCUGGGGGAGAACUUCAAUGAGAGAGUUUUGCCUUCAAUCAUCCACGAAACACUGAAAGCUGUUGUUGCUCAAUACAAUGCUAGUCAGCUGAUCACACAAAGAGAGACUGUGAGUAGGGAGAUUAGGAAGAUACUGACUGAGAGGGCUAGAUUAUUCAACAUUGCUCUCGAUGAUGUCUCCAUCACAAGCCUGAGCUUUGGGAAGGAGUUCACUCAUGCCAUUGAAGCCAAGCAGGUUGCUGCACAGGAAGCUGAGCGUGCAAAGUUCAUUGUCGAGAAAGCUGAGCAAGAUAAGAGAAGUGCAAUUAUCAGGGCUCAGGGAGAGGCUAAGAGUGCGGAGCUGAUUGGUCAAGCCAUCGCGAACAACCCUGCCUUCCUUGCCCUGAGGCAGAUUGAAGCUGCAAGGGAGAUCUCCCACACGAUCUCGGCCUCGGCCAACAAGGUGUUCCUGGACUCCAACGACCUGCUGCUCAACCUCCAGCAGCUGAAUGUAUCGAGCAAGCAGAAGAAAUGA